UUAGCUCACGCAGAUUAAAGUGGCCGCCAUCAACCUGGCUAAUCCAGCCAUCUGUCAGAGAGCAGGAGGGAUGCACCUGCCCCACAGGACAACUUGGGUUCUGUCGUAACCAGAGGACCGAUCCUACCACACACACAGACGCCCUGCACAGUCAGCAGACACACAUACAGAACACGCAGAGUCAUUAACACUAACGGGAGAAAGACAUAUUUUAGCGGGUUUUUUUUGUUGUUGAAAAGAAGUCAAAGAGGGAUUUAAGACUGAGCGAGCCAGGGCGGACUCACUCAGCUACACGCAUACACACACACACACACACACACAGCUGAGCUACAACUUUACAGAAGCUACUGCUUGGCUGCAGCGUUCCUCCUCCCAAAGCAGGACAUGGAGGAGACCUACAUGCUCAGACACCAUGGGGUGAAGAAGAAGAUCCUGAGUGGGGGAACGGGCCGCAUGCCUAAUUUCCCUCCUGGAACUAAGUUGGUGUUUCACUUCCAAACACUGCUGGAUAACUUUGAGAGGACGGUGAUUGAUGACAGUCGCAAGGCCAAACGUCCUAUGGAGAUCUUCGUGGGGAAGAUGUUCAAAAUGGAAGUGUGGGAGGAGCUGCUCAAGUCCAUGCGCAUCGGAGAGGUGGCCGAGUUUUGGUGCGACGCCGUUCACACAGGCUUGUACCCCAUUGUGUCCAAGGGCAUGCGCAUGAUUGCCCAGGGCAAAGACCCACUGGAGGGACAGAAGCACAUGUGUGGUAUGGGCAACAUGUUCAGUUACCACUCCACCGGCUACCCGGAGUUGGAUGAGCUGAUGAGAGAACCCCAGCCACUGAUCUUCAUCAUGGAGCUCAUCUCGGUGGGUGACCCGAUGUCGUACGAGCGGGAGUCCUGGAUGAUGGAGAAGGACGAUAAACUCAAGGCGGUGCCCUUGCUACACGCACAAGGCAACAGCCUGGUCAAGCAGGGGAGCUACCGCGAGGCCGCCAAGCGCUACCAGGAGGCGGUGGUGAUGAUGCGCGCUGCUCAGUCCAGGGAGAUGCCUGGGCAUGAAGACUACAUCAACCUGGGCAGACUCAUCAUCCCCCUGGUGCUCAACUACUGCCAGUGCAUGCUGGAGCUGGAGGAGUACUAUGAGGUGAUCGAGCACACCACCGAGCUGCUGGAGAAGCACAAAGACUGUGUGAAGGCCUACUACAAACGGGCCAAGGCCCACGCGGCCGUGUGGAACGAGAAGGAGGCACGGCGGGACUUCCGGAUGGUGGCCGAGCUGGACAUCACGCUGGCCCGCCUGGUGCACCGCGAGCUGCAGAACCUCUCGGAGACGAUGAAGGAGAAGUACUGGGAGGAGAAGGAGCAGUACUGGAACAAGCUGGAGAAGAGGAACGAAGGGAUGGGGAAGAAAGGCGAGGAGGACGAAGAGAGGAAUGGAAAGGUGGAGAAAGAGGGGGAGGAAGAGGAGGAGGAGACGAGUCUGACAGGGGUGGUGAAGAUGAAGCAGAUCGACGUGGACAGCUUGAAAAUCGAGGCCCAGGAGCCCGGGCACAAAGUGGACAAAGCCAAGGAGGUUGCAGAGGAGCCAGCCACCAAUGAGAAGCCAGCCACAGGUCUGGACGGUAAGACGGGUACCAAUGAGAGCGCACCGGCGGCGUUAGAGGAGAAGGAUUGGCAGGAGAUGCUGAGGCUCACCAUGCACCUGCAGAAGGAGGGGAACUUCCACAUGGAGGAGAAGCACCAUGACGAGGCUGCAGCCAAGUUCACAGAGGCUCUGCAGUAUGUGAAUUACCUUCAGACCAAGAGGGUGGCGUAUAAAGGGGAGGACUGGGAGUCUCUGGAGAAGGUGCGCGUGCCGCUCAUGCUCAACCUCAGCCAGUGUCGGCUGGAGCUGCAUGAGUACCAGCAAGUGGUGGAGCUCACCAGCUGCCUGCUCAAGAGACACAAAGGUAGCAUGCGGGCGCUGUACCAGCGGGCGCGUGCCCACGCGGCACUGUACCAUCUGGAGGACGCCAGGAGCGACCUGCUCAAGAUCCAGAAGCGCCACCCCCAGUUCAAGCCCAUUGUCCGGCUUGAGAUGAAGAAGCUCGGGGAGAACGUCCGCGCCAAGAGCGUCAAGGAGAAGAAGAACUACUGGUCCACCCUCGAGGACAAGUACGGCAAGGGUGAAAAGGCGCAGGUGCCCGGCAAGAAGGCGGGGAAGAAGAAGAAGGCGGUCAAGUGGACGGACCAGGCGGCGAAGAAGGACGGAGCGACAUUAGAGGAGAUCAAGGAGGGGCCGAAGGAGGGGAGCAGCACCGAGAUAAAAGACGGGAACGAAGGGGCUGCUGGCAAAAUGGUGGCGGCUGUAGCAUUGGAGGCAGCAGCGGUGGAGGCGGAGGUGGCAGCAGCGGCGGGGUCCGAUCACACACCCAUAAAGCAGGACAAAGCCCCAGGCGCAGCCGGCGCAGGGGAAGAUAAAGCCAACAAAACCCCCAGAUCAGGAGAGGAUAAAACGGCCGAGGGAGCCCCAUUAGCUGCCGCCUCGGCAGCCAGCCACAUCUUCAAAGGGACCAAUGAGAUCAAAGCGCCGGCCGAGAUUAAGGGGGAAUCGGCCAAUGAGCAUUCCCCAGACGUAGCCGACGGUACGGUUCAAACGCAGCCCGCUAACGAGACAGCACCAGAGCCGGCGCCAGAUACCGGGGUCGGGAGCUCUGGGAAGGCAGGAGCCGCGGAGACGGACAGGUUAGCAGGCCAGACAGACACCGCAGGCGAGAAAGCGAAGGAUGGCGGCACGGGGGCUAAACAGGGAGCGAAGAAGAAGGCGACGACACCGCAGACCCCUGACGCGAAAGGGCCGCCCAAGGGAGCAGCCUGUGGGAAACCCAAACCCACGACCCCGGCUGGAAGGGGCAACAAACCCCCCACGCACGCCCCCAAACAGAAAAACAAGAAAAAGAAAUGAGAGACUUGAGACACACGCACUCUUUAGUCACAGUAACCACAAGGCAUUUGUGUAUAACAAAUACAAAUUUAUUUAUUUCUCUGUACACAAUGAGUAGAAAGCAGCCAGUAA